AUGUUUCUUGGAUUUUUUAGGAAGGAGCAAGUGAGCCCCGAUGAUGAAGUGAAGCUCCAUCCAGAGAGUCGCAUUCUUCUCCCCAGUCCAGUUUCAGAACCAACUGUCGUGAAAUGCCUUCCAGUAACAACCGCGAGCCUUCCCUCUCCACUUCAGUCGCCGCCUCCCGAAAUAAAGCCUGAAGACGACUCCAAAGCUUCCCUCGUCAACGGUGAACCCGAGUCAACAUUCAAAUUGCCCAUCGCCUUAUCGGAACCCUCCACUGCUUCGCCAACACCCGUGAAGCAAAGCACCAAGGCUGCCUCUCGUUCUAGACGCCACUCUGCCUCUAAACAGGAGGAGGCGGAGACACAGCACAGCUGUUCGUCCUCCUCGACUUCUCGCCAACAGGCCAGUGGCAGUCAAACCCCCAAUGUUGAACACUGUCCGGAGACUCCCUUCAAGAAUUCCAGGUCUAGACGUUCUGCGAUUUCCUUGAGCUCGGAAGAAAUUGGCGAUAACAGGCCCAUCCAGGCACCUCGAUCGUCAACCAGCCAAAACCAAAAGGUCGAUGCAGAGCCACAGCGCAAAAUGAAGAAGGACGAAGAUGAGGGGGCUGUGAAGCCCCAGCGUGUGCGUCUACCUAAAAAGUUAGCUAUCGAUGCUAUUUCAAGAAGACCCAAACGCGGACAAUCCUCGGAAGCAUCGACUCCCAAUAAACGGCGUCGUUCACAAAAUAAAAUCGACCCAGAUUCUCACCUCUCCUCCUUCAAACGUGGUCGCUCUUCUAAAUCGCCGCAUCAGCCCACAUCAUUGAGGCGAAGUCGCUCGCAGAAGUCGUUGACAGACGUUGGCGUGGAUAAAAAGAAUCAGAGUCGACCGGAGAAGCAAAACCACGAAAAAACCGUGUUGCCGGGACCAGCUUUGAAGUCCAAAGGCCGACAGACAGGAGUCUCUCCAGCGUUGAGCCAACGUCGUCGUCGUCCAUCCACAACCGCCGCGGAGCCUCCGAAGAAGCGUACUCGGGCGUCGACGACACUCGCACUGUCGCGGUCCUCGAAUAGGCGUCGAUGA